UGUUGUGAUCAGACACCAGACAUCACCCAAUGGUGUCUUUGGAGGACGAGGUGUCCAAACAGCAGAUCUUCAGAGACGUGCAGUUCUCGCUCUGUGAAGACGUGUCUCAAUACGAGAAUGUGAAGAAGUUGUUGCUGUCAGGAGGCGCCAAGUUCUUCAACUACCUCUCCGACAAUGUCACU